AUGAGGACGAUUAUUGAGGCUGAUAUAUUUCCUGUUUGUCCAUCAUUUGGUGCUAUUAAUCAAUCAGAGUUCCUGACAACAACAACGAGAAAUAUUUCACCUCAUCGUAGCCGAUCAAAUAGUAAUAGUAGUGAACCAGCAAGUGUUUUGAGUGAUUAUAUCUUUAUACCUUCAUCUCCAUCUUCAGCAUCAUUAUUACUUCCAGCAAAUACAAGUUUUGCUGAGGUAUCCGAUCAAAAUUUGUUAGAUAAAGAAGACGACGAUACAAAUUAUUUUAAUCAAUUUAUUUGCCCAACUGAUAGUGAAGAUGAAUCAUCACACUUUUAUGAUGAUGAUAAUAAUGAUGAGUCAUAUAUUGAAAAACGUGCUACACGAAAACAAUUAGAUUUUAUUGAACAUUUACAAGACAGACCUUAUCAGCGAACAAAACGUUCAAAGAAAAAAAUGAAUGCACAACGUCAGAUUAAAACUAAACACGCAAAAUCAAUUAAAAUAAAGUCACAUAAUAAACAUUUAUAUAUACAUCAUCGUUUAGCUAAAAAAGUUAUACUUGAUGAACCAAGUUAUCAUUGUAUACCAUCAUCAGAACCAGUACCAUUAUAUUCUCUUGAAACACUUCGAUCUAUUGUAUAUGAACAUCGUCAUCCGUAUAAUUUAUCAUAUACAUAUUAUUCAACAUCAUCAAAUAAAAAGCAACGAUCAAAAUUGAAUAAUAAUUUAUUUAUUGAUGAAUCUCAAACAAUUUUAGGUGCAUAUCAAUUUCGUGAAUAUACAUUACAUGAAUAUAAUAUUCCUGAUGAACCUUCAUUUGAUGAUUCUAUGAUUGACUUUCUUCUUGAAAUGCAAAAUCGUGAUCUUUCACCAGAAGAUUAUGAAAUGUUAUUAAGACUUGAUGAACGUGUACAACGUAAAACAGUUAAUACAAAUAUAUUAGAUACAUUAUCAACAAUUGAUGUUAAUGAUAAACAUUUAGAUGAUCAAUGUACAAUAUGUAUGGAAAAAUAUCAACAUGGACAACAACUUAAACUAUUACCAUGUACACAUAUAUUUCAUUUAAAUUGUAUUGAAACAUAUUUAAAGGAAUUUUCAGUUCAAUGUCCAUUAGAUAAUUUACCAUUAGCAUAA